AAAGAGCGGGCACGCGGCGUCGACGCGCAGCUCCGUGGAAACUUGUGCGUGGGGAAAGUUGAACACGCGCCUCGUCAUGUCCGCCACUUGAACGCCGAGCCUUUUCAACAGAAUAUCCCGCGUCAACAAGUCGAUGUCCGACGAGCAGGAGGAGGGCGAGCGUCGCCCGCAGCCUCCUUCGCCGCCGUCGUGUCUCCCGGGAGGAUCACCGUCGUGUCGGCGGCCCCUGGACCUCUUCUCCUCGGCCUCGCCGCUGCUGGAGGACACGGAGCCGCCGUACCUCGCCUCCCCGGACUGCCUCCACUCGUCCCCGGACACGAGAGGACGGAGGGACUCUACUGGCGCCACGCCGCCAAAGUUCCUCCAGUCCGCCGGGGACUCUCCGGGGAGUUGGCGGCAUGGUACGCACCUGGCGGUGGUGUGUGGCCGCUACGAGGAGCCGCUGCCGGCCUGGAAGGGACGCAGCCCGGAGAGCGCCGGCAGCCUCCAGCACCGCGGACAGAAGGGGGAGCGAGCCUCCGAGUCCCCGGGCUGUGGGAACCAUCAUGCGGAUGAGCACCUCGACCCCGACCUCAGCUCGGACACCCGGCAGGCGGUGGAGGCUAUGCACCGCCGCCACACCACGCUGAGGGAGAAGGGGCGUCGCCAGGCAGUGCGAGGCCCGGCCUACAUGUUCAACGAGCGCGGUUCGGCUCUCACUGCAGAAGAGGAACGCUUUAUGGACGCCGCCGAGUAUGGGAAUAUUCCCGUGGUCCGCAAAAUGCUGGAGGAAUCCAAAACCCUCAACUUUAACUGCGUGGACUACAUGGGCCAGAAUGCAUUGCAACUCGCCGUCGGAAAUGAGCAUCUGGAGGUGACCGAGCUGCUGCUGAAGAAGGAUGGGUUGGCGAGGAUCGGAGACGGUCUGCUUUUGGCUAUUUCCAAAGGGUACGUGCGCAUCGUGGAAGCCAUCCUCGGUCACCCUGCCUUCAGCGGCGGUCUGCGCCUGGCUUUGAGUCCUCUGGAGCAAGAGAUGCGCGAUGACGACUUCUACGCUUACGACGAGGACGGGACACGUUUCUCGCACGACGUCACGCCCAUCAUUCUGGCUGCCCACUGCCAGGAGUACGAGGUAGUCCACAUUCUCUUGACCAAGGGCGCCCGCAUAGAGAGACCGCACGACUACUUCUGCAUGUGCUUAGAAUGUGUGGAGAAUCAGAAGAAGGACUCUUUUAGUCAUUCGCGCUCCAGAAUGAACGCAUACAAAGGCCUGGCCAGCGCAGCUUACUUGUCACUCAGCAGUGAAGAUCCCGUGUUGACGGCCCUGGAGCUCAGCAACGAGCUGGCCAGACUUGCCAACAUUGAGACAGAGUUUAAGAACGACUACCGCAAGCUGUCCAUGCAGUGCAAAGACUUUGUGGUCGGCGUGCUGGACCUCUGUCGGGACACAGAAGAAGUGGAAGCCAUACUGAACGGCGACGUCGACCUGUGCCCGCCCAGCCCCUACAACCGACCCUGCCUAAGCCGCGUCAAACUGGCCAUCAAAUAUGAAGUGAAGAAGUUUGUCGCCCACCCUAAUUGUCAACAGCAGCUGCUGACCAUUUGGUACGAGAACCUUCCCGGUUUGAGGCAACAGUCCGUCGGGGUGAAGUGCUGGACCGUGCUGGGGGUGGCGGCCGGCCUGCCGUUCUUGGCUGUGGCCUACUGGAUCAUGCCAUGUAGCAAGCUCGGUCAAAUCCUGAGAAGCCCCUUCAUGAAGUUCGUGGCCCACGCCGUCUCCUUCACCAUCUUCCUGGGCCUUCUGGUCGUCAACGCCUCAGAUCGCUUCGAGGGGGUCAAGAACCUGCCCAACGAGACCAUCACGGACCACCCGCGGCAGGUGUUCCGGGUCAAGACCACCCAGUUUUCCUGGACAGAGAUGCUGAUCAUGAAGUGGGUGUUAGGCAUGAUCUGGUCGGAGUGUAAGGAGAUCUGGAGCGACGGGCCCAGAGAGUACAUCAUGCACCUGUGGAACGUCCUGGACUUCGGCAUGCUGUCCAUCUUCGUGGCGUCCUUCACGGCGCGCUUCAUGGCCUUCCUCAAGGCGUCCAAAGCCCAGCAGUACGUGGACAUGCACGUGCCCGACGAAGACCUCAGCAACGCCUCGCUGCCGGACGAGGUGGCCUAUUUUACUUUCGCCAGGAACAAGUGGCGGCCGUCCGAUCCCCAGAUCAUCUCCGAGGGUCUGUACGCCAUCGCGGUGGUCCUGAGCUUCUCGCGCAUCGCCUACAUCCUCCCGGCCAAUGAGAGCUUCGGUCCCCUGCAGAUCUCGCUGGGACGCACGGUCAAAGACAUCUUCAAGUUCAUGGUGAUCUUCAUCAUGGUGUUUGUGGCCUUCAUGAUCGGCAUGUUCAACCUCUACUCCUACUACCUGGGAGCCAAGUACAAUCCUGCCUUCACCACGGUGGAGGAAAGUUUUAAGACUCUCUUCUGGUCCAUCUUCGGUCUGUCCGAAGUGAUCUCGGUGGUGCUGAAGUAUGACCACAAGUUCAUCGAGAACAUUGGCUACGUGCUGUACGGGGUCUACAACGUCACCAUGGUGGUGGUCCUUCUCAACAUGCUCAUCGCCAUGAUCAACAGUUCAUACCAGGAGAUUGAGGAGGACGCCGACGUGGAGUGGAAGUUUGCCCGGGCCAAGCUGUGGCUCUCCUACUUCGACGAGGGCCGCACUUUGCCCGCCCCCUACAACCUGGUCCCUAGCCCAAAGUCCUUCUACUACCUGGUCCUCCGCAUCAAGUCCUGCCUUUUAGGGAUGUGCAGAGCGGGCAGACGUAAGCACAACAAUGAGUUGGAGCUGGGCAUGCUCAACUCUCAGACCAAGGGUGAGCACUUCGGAACGUAUCGCUUUCCUGGGGAAGAGUUCCAGAACUUGUCGAGGAAUUCUCGAAAACAUCCGACCAGAUACCAGAAGAUCAUGAAGCGACUCAUUAAGCGUUAUGUCCUCAAGGCCCAGGUGGAUCGAGAGAAUGAUGAAGUCAAUGAAGGCGAGCUGAAGGAGAUCAAGCAGGACAUUUCCAGCCUGCGUUACGAGCUGCUGGAGGAAAAGUCGCAGGCUGCAGACGAGCUGGCUCUGCUGGUUCAGCAAUUGGGCGACAAAUUUGGCAAGAACACCACGAGGCCCUGACGGUACGGCGGCGAGAGCGGGGCCACAUCGGGGGUGGGAAGCAGGAUGUUUCUCAGCCAAAACUAAUUAGGGGUUAGAGUAGCAUUUCCUGUCUGCAGGCCCAAAAAAAACCUCAAGAUAAUGUUUUUGCGUUGCUUGUUAGUGUGAGGCCAAGAAAAGUCCAAAUUGUGUUCCAUGUGAUAGUUGGUAGAUGAAGAGAGGAAAGGAGGAACAUUCCCCACACUUUCACCCUUAAUGAAGAUGCACUGCCAAACCUUCUCAGCACAUCUCCAAAAGGAGAAGACGAAGAAAAAGAAGAAGAGUUGACCUAGGAAAGAAAGUUGGCAACACAACUGUGUGUUCUCCUUUUGUGUGACAAGAGACUACACAACCUUUUACACCAGGGGUCCCCAAACCUUUCGACCUGGGGGCCGCAUUGGGUUCAAAAUAUGUGGUCAGGGCCGGGCCAUCCAUCCAUACAUACAUACAUACAUACAUACACAUAUAUAUAUAUAUAUAAGGCACAGAGGCUAUUUCAUCCCUACAAGCCUGUUUCGUAGUUUUCCCUGCUCUUCAGGGGAUUUUCCAUCAGGGAAAAUAAUGUAUAUAUAUAUAUAUAUUAGGGCUAGGCAACGAUUAAAAAUUUUAAUCGAAGUUAAUCGCACUAUCCAUCCAUCCAUCCAUCCAUCCAUCAUCUUCCGCUUAUCCGAGGUCGGGUUGCGGGGGCAGCAGCCUAAGCAGGGAAGCCCAGACUUCCCUCUCUCCAGCCACUUCGUCUAGCUCUUCCCGGGGGAUCCCGAGGCGUUCCCAGGCCAGCCGGGAGACAUAGUCUUCCCAACGUGUCCUGGGUCUUCCCCGUGGCCUCCUACCGGUUGGACGUGACCUAAACACCUCCCUAGGGAGGCGUUCGGGUGGCAUCCUGACCAGAUGCCCGAACCACCUCAUCUGGCUUCUCUCGAUGUGGAGGAGCAGCGGUUUUACUUUGAGUUCCUCCCGGAUGGCAGAGCUUCUCACCCUAUCUCUAAGGGAGAGACCCAAACUCAUUUGGGCCGCUUGUACCCGUGAUCUUGUCCUUUCGGUCAUGCCCCAAAGCUCAUGACCAUAGGUGAGGAUGGGAACGUAGAUCGACCGGUAAAUUGAGAGCUUUGCCUUCCGGCUCAGCUCCUUCUUCACCACAACGGAUCGAUACAACGUCCGCAUUACUGAAGACGCCGCACCGAUCCGCCUGUCGAUCUCACCAUCCACUCGCACUAUUUUCUCCGAUUAAUCGCGAUUAAAGCCCAAUAAUGAAUUCAAAAGUAGUGUGUAGUGCACCUUUGUUGGAAUAUUCUCCCACAUGAACAAAAGCGCCAAAACUUUUGUUGUGCAAACACAAUUUAAAUCAGUCCUUGUUAAACAGUAGCAGUUAAAUAGCAUAUUUUAUGAAAAUCAACUCAAAAAUGUAAAUACAAACAUUUAAGCUUAUUGCCACUGCCAGGGUAUUUAAGUUAUCCUGUUUGUUAUGGAAAAUAAAUAUAAUCUACAUACAAAUCUCUGAGCCACAAUCAUAACAUCUGAACAGGCAAUUUCUGAGGUAACAGCAGAAACAUUUUUUUUUAUGUUUAAAAAACCUAUAUUAUAGGUAGUGGGCUGUUUUAGGGAAUUUUUGAUCCAAUUAUCCGUAGUAACAAUAUUAAUAAUGUUGUGUUUAUUCUGCGUAGUGCACUUAAAAUAAUUAUGACCAUAUCUAGGAAUUGAUAUGAUGGGAAUUUUUCCGAUUGUUUGCUUGGUGCUUUGAUAAACUGAACGCAUAUACAUGGUACUAUAUUGUGAUGUUAUGAGCCAGGGAAUAAAAGAACUACACUACCCAGCAUGCAACAGGAGUGACGGCAUCUUGUAUGUUGUGAUAUGCACGCUCUGAAAGUAAACGUUAAGAACUCAGCCAACACUCCUGGUCUGCAUUAUUCAUAAAUAGACAGACAACACAUAUACUCCGCUGCUUCACAGGCCGCUGGAUGUAGCUGGCAAAGUAUUCCCAUGCUAGCUAGCCGGUCAUUCAGUCCAAAACGGCCCGAUCUAUCCACAUCCAGAAUUGUCUGGCGGUCGUAAGUGAUCCCGGAGUGACCACGCUGUAAGCCAGCCAGGAAAUUUGCAGAAUUGUCCGGUAUUUUUGCCAAAUGUUCCAUCUUUACCAAGAGCCCCUCGACGCCAUCUUGUUAAGAAAAGGCGUUAACAAAAUAAAAGCAUGUAAACAACAUACGCAAAUGUGCGAUAAAAUAAUUGUCGGCGUUAAUAGAUUGAUGAGUUAACGCGUAAUUAACGCAUUAAUUUGCCCACCCCUAAUAUAUAUAUAUAUAUAUAUAUUGACCUAAUAUAUAUAUAUAUAUAUAUAUACAUGUAUAUAAUCUGUCUCAUUGCAGAUUAGACAAACUGCCUUUUCCUUCCACUGAACAAAAAUAAGACUUUACACUAUCUUACUUUUGUCUUUUCUAAUAUGAAACAGCUGAGCGGCUAAGAGACCCCGAGAGUAACAAGCAGUAUAAAAUGGAUUGAUGGAUGGGCUAGAUGGCCCUGCGAUGAGGUGGCGACUUGUCCAGGGUGUACCCCGCCUUCCGCCCGAUUGUAGCUGAGAUAGGCGCCAGCGCCCCCCGCGACCCCAAAAGGGAAUAAGCGGUAGAAAAUGGAUGGAUGGGCUGGAAAGAAUAGAUUAAAAAAAGUAUCAUUUUGAAAGAAAAAAAAAAAUCUUAUUUAUUUAUUUGGGACUCCUUGAUAUUGUGGACACUGGCGGUCCGUAUCUGGGCCGGGGGGGGGGACAUAGUUUGGGGACCCCUGCUCCCCCCAACAGGCAGUCUAAUUAAUGCUCUCUUGUGCUUGUCUUCAGGUAGAACACCUGAGGGAAAUGUUUCAAAUACCUGAGAACAUUUCUUUUGUCAGUUCGAUGUGUUUUUAUGUCCUUGUUUCAAAGAAAUGAUUCAGUGGAGAAUAUUUUGUGUCAGGAAGUAAAGUGCAGAGAAACAUCUUGCAGCUUCUGGACUGAUCAGUCUUCACAAUCACUCACUUCAAGGUCAUUUCAAGGUCAUUUACAGUCUCCAAAUGUGACUUUUUGUACUCAUAUACAAUACAAUUAUACUCACAAUAAGUACAAUUAUACUCAUAUACAGUACAAUUAGAUAGAUAGAUGGAUAGAUAGAUAGAUAGAUAGUACUUUAUUGAUUUCUUCAGGAAAAUUAAAAAUUACACACACACAGAGUACAAUUAUACUCAAAUACAGCACACUUAUACUCACAAAGUACAAUUAUACUCACAUAGAGUAAAAUUAUACUCAAAGUACAGAUAUACUCAUAUACAGUAAAAUUAUACUCACAUACAGUACAAUUUUACUUAUUUACAGGACAAUUAUACUCACAGAGUACAGUUGUAAUCACAUAUAGUACAGU